CUCGUUCGCUUGCUCGCUGUAAGGGACUCUCUCGCUCUCGCUCUCUCUGGCUGGCUGGCUGGCUGGCUGGCUGUGGCACUGCCGUAGGGGCGUUGCUAGGCGAAGCCGCACUACGGCCGCCGUCACGGAUGUGGGGCUGGAUUCCGCAUGUUCACCUAAUUGUCUCUUCCUUCCUCCCAGUUCCUUCCAGUGCCUUUGCGUCUCCCUCCUUCUGGACCAGCAGCAGCAGCAGCCGCGGCACCAGCUCCACUCCAUCUCCUUCAUGUCUCUGUUUUGCUGAUGGAGUCUGGCGGACCUCGCCUUCUCCCGCCUCCUAUUUCUAUCGCUAGUGCCUUCCUCGCCGGGCUGUCCACGCUGUUCAUUCAUACUCAUGAGAUCGCUUCUCUCGUCUGUCGCGAAUACGCUUUUCCGUUGUGCCCUUUGCCCUGCGUAAGAGUUGUAGCGUGCCAUUGAAUUUUAGGGUGGCGGUGUUAGGUGUUCCUCGAGGAUUAGUCGUCUGUCCUUGUUCCUGGAAAGUUAGGUUGUAGCGAGGUCUUUACGAGUUAGUGUGUUUCUGGAGUGGUUGUUUUGUUUUGUUAGAUUGCAGUUCUAGUGGUGUUCGUUGUUUAGGUGUAAUUCUGGGAAUUUCGAAGGAGAUAGAGGGUUGCGGCUGGAAUGCUCGCUUCCUUCUUUAUGUAAAGUAGCUAGUCCGGUUGGGUGAGAUUGUGGCUGUGACAGAGAUUGUGUUGUGGUGUAUCUGCGGAUAUGAUUGAAUGAGGAAGGCAGAAGGAAAGGGUGAAUAGUAACGGGUGGCCGGUGAUCGUGCGGCUUUUUCCUCUUUGUGACCUCUGGAGACGUAGGCGGGAGUGGAGAUGGGUGAAGUCGGUGUAGCUGUUGUGGGGAAGACCAACUUCGCUCGUCAGUUGGGAUCAGCGGAUAAGAAAACGCGAGAGAAAGGGUUAUCCUUGCUUCUCCUCUGGCUGUCGUGUCAGCAGGAUGUUGAGGAGGACGAGUUGAAGAAAAUAUGGAAAGGCUUGUUCUUUUGCUUGUGGCACUCGGACAAGGCACAUGUACAAGGGGAUCUUAUUAAUAAGUUAGCUGGCAUCCUCGAUAGUCUGGACGCGGAUACAUCUUUGGCUUUCUUCAAAGUUUUUCUUGCUACCAUGCGGCGAGAGUGGAGUGGAAUCGAUAGGCUAAGACUGGAUAAGUUUUACCGCCUGUUGAGACAAGUUUUGACGACAGUUUUCGCAAUUUUUCAAAAGAGCAAUUGGGAUGAGGAACUUAUUGGGAAAUACAUGAAUGCCCUGGUUGAAAGAUCUUUGCUUGCCAAAGACCAGUAUCCAGCUUUGGGUGUGAACCUGCACUUUGCAGACAUUUUUCUUUCCGAGCUCCGGAAGUUUCAACCUUUGUCUUCUGAAACAUUGGGAUUGAUGCUUCAGCCAUGCUAUGGUACUCUUGCCAGCGCUCCUGAUAAAUCCUUGUUGGAGAGGGUUAAAACAUGUGUGUUCAUUCCUCUCUUGGAAGAAGCCGAGACUUAUGUGAAAAGCAUGCAAGCUGGUAAUGAAGUUGAUGAGAGCAGCUUUGGACCACUUGCUGUAACUUUGCCGAUUAGUGCACGGCUUUUUGAGUUGGCAUCUUCUGAGACUACCUCUCACGCAAAUCGGAAGGUUUUGUACGAAAUCCAUGCUGAAUGUGUCAAAUUGGACCAGUUGGUUGCUUCUGCAGGUGUUGAUUUUAGGAAGAAAGUUAGGGGUGGCACUAACAGCGACAUCGAAAUGGGUGAAGGAAACGUUUGUGGUGCUACUAAGCAAGUAGGAAGGCAGAUUGGUGUAAGGGCCAAGAGGGGCCAAGAGGUCGUAGAAAAUGGUUCGAAGGAAAAGAAAAGGAAGGUCAAAGUUGUUUCGUUAGCAUCUAGCAAUCUGGAUGAUCUGAACAAGACAAGUGCAACAGGAUCUGAGAUUUUGAGUGUUGAAUCCAAGAAAAGCACCAAAAAGGGGGUGGUGAAACAGGCUAAGUCAAGUAAGCAUGAGGUAUCAGUAAAAGGAACUGAGGAAACAAUGAAAAUAACUGACUCCGAGAAUGUUGGCAAUGAGGUUAACGUUGGCAAUGAGGUUAAUGUUGAGCAGUGCGAGAAAGUUGAUGUGAAGAAGAAGAAGAAAAAGAAGAAGGCGACAAAACAGGAAGCGCUUGCUGAGACCGCCCCUGUCGAAGCUUUGAACAAGAGCAAGAGAAAGGGAACCAAGAGUGUGAGAAAGGGGAAGAGUAGUCAUGCAGUCGAGACAGACGACUUAGUGGAGAUCCCCAAGCACCUUUAUGUUGAUGCAAGUGUAGGAGUUGAAAAUGCAAUCGAUGGUGAACAAGUUCAGUCAGAAGCUGCCAAAAGUUCCACCGCUCAGGUUCUAGAGGGAACUGGAAUAUCCUCAGGGAUGAGAGUUGCAGAUUCAAUGAUCAGUUUGAGUGUGGAUGACACUGUCAUUUCAAACUUGGAGGAGAAGUUUGAUUUCAUUGCUGCCGAGUCACAUUUAGCGGCAGCUUCCAAUGGAGCUUCUAAAGAAACCACCUCUGGGUCAUUUUCUUGGGGAGAGUUUGGUGUGGUGUCAAGUGCCGUGGUGCCGCUGGGGCUGCGGCGGGGAGGAGGCCCCGGUUGUCUUCGUAGUCAUGGGCUCCUCCUCCUGCUGAUCGUCGUCCCGUUGCUCCUCUUGCCGCUACUCCUCUCAACCGUCAACAAUGCGGCACAACGUCCUCCACUUAUACUAGCAUGUCGCAUGUUUGAUGUUGGGUUUUACUCAUCGCACGCGGGUCUUGCUGCUACCGCCAUCGCUGCCUCCGCCAUGGCGGGCCUUGGCCUGGCUUUGGCCUUCGAUCUGCCAGUGAUCGCCUCCAAGGGCACCCUGCAUUCGUUCUCGACCUUGAAUGCGCUCACGGCUGCCGCUUCUGCCUCCUCUGCCGUCUCAUUUCUCGGGGCUUCAUUACUCGCGCACUUCGAUGCCAGGGACUGGACUGGACGCGCUGCUUACUGUGAUGCGACAACUGCAAACGCAGAUAGCUGGGAAGAUAGUAUAUGUGUGCCGAUUCGGAAAUACUCAGAGGAGAAAACCUACAACAUUGAGUUGAAGCCUCUUUUUUCUGCCUGCAGACCUAGGGCGCUUGGAGCAACAACUAUCAGAGCAUUCCUUGUUAAUUAUCUCCCUUUGCUUGAGGCUUAUUUGCAACCCGAGGAUGACGAGUUCGAGGAGGAUAUUGAUCGUCCUGCGCGGCCUCCAAUGGAUCCGGUUCUUCCGCUGAAGCGAUCAGUUGCACAUAUAUUGCGCGAGGUUUCUGUUAUCACCACUCGACGGCUACUGGAAAGGAUAGCUGUGCAUUACGUCUCUGAUCGUACGGCAUGGAAGCUUCUCAAAGAUAUUCCAAAGUCUGCAAUCCGUAAAGCAGGAAGAGAUCUAUCUCCUGUGGAGAUGUUCACAGCUGUGAGCAGAACAACUUUUCGUGCUCAUGCGUUAGGAGUACUCGCAAAUUGGAUGGUGCAGCUGAUAAUUGAUUCCUAUAGAACUAUCCGCCUCUCUUUCAUAUUGCGUUCAAAGGAGGGAAAACCGGUGGGAAUCGAAGUUAUUGAGCUCAAAAGACUGGGAAGAAGAACACUUGGAAACACACUAAAGGGUAGUGCGUCUCUUGUUCUGGCAUCAGCUGGUGCCGGCCUUGGUACUAUCCUCAUCAGGCCCUCCACUGGAACCUGGAUUGGCUGUGCUGCUGGUGAUUUUGCUGGGCCUUUUCUGGUAGGCCUCUGGUUAGACACCUGGAUUGUGCAUGGUAGCUUCACUCCUGGAUCUAAUAAGGGCCAGUGAUUGUUCAUUGUAGACAUUCGAUGUACUAGUAGGACUGGAUGUCUCAAGUAGAUCAAAUUUCAGAAAAUGCAUCUGCGUGAAACAUUGCAAAAAUUCAAGGUCAUUUUGUGCCCGUUCAUCGGAUGUAUGGAGCUAAUGAGGGAAGUCUCAACCAGGGACGAUAUUAAUCAUUGGAUUGGCGAUUGGACUCCAUCAUGGAAUCACCACUUGAGGUUGUGCAAACUCGGGGGAUUUGUUUUGAUUUCAUAGUUCAGACAUUUGAGUUUGGGUCUUGGUGAUCUCAAGGUACUACAAUUAGGAUUUAUAUCUGUACCUUCUCACUGACAUGUUUGGGCAGGCGUUAACUUACCCUCAAUAAAUGGGGAUAGCUUAUUCUCUUGACCAACA